AUGUCGGUGCGGAAGGCCGCUAUUGCAUAUGGGAUUCCUAAAAGCACCCUGCAUGACAAAUUAAAGGAAAAAACUCCUUUAAUUCCCAUCCCAAGAACCAUUUUGUCCCCUGACGAAGAAAAUAUUUUGGCUGAAUGGGUCAUCAAUAUGUCCAAAAUUGGGUAUGGUAGGACAAAGUGUGAACUUUUAGCUAAGGUUAAAAGUAUAUUAGACAAAGAUACAAGAAUAACCCCGUUUAAAAAUAAUAUGCCUGGCAAGGACUGGUAUUAUGGAUUUAUAAGACGCCAUCCAAAUAUAUCUGUCCAAAUAAAAGACAGCACUAUAUAUGCCGACCCGAGCAGGUGGUACAACGCGGACGAAUCCGGCUUCCCUCUUUGCUCAAAAACAUGUAAAGUUCUUGCAGAACGAGGCCAAAAAAAUAUCUAUAAUUUCACCUCGUCAGACAAAACACAAAUAACAGUUUUGGCAGCCAUGAGUACUGCGGGACACUACAUAAAGCCUCUGAUUGUUUUUCCCGGGCAGCGAUUUUCGUAUAAUCCUCUUGAGGGAUUUGAAGAGGCAUCAUUUGGCAGGACGGAGAACGGGUGGAUGGACAGCGAACUCUUUUCUACUUGGCUUCGGGAUAUGUUCAUACCAGAAGUGGUAGAGAGAGGUGUCCGUCGACCCGUUGUCCUCUUUGUCGAUGGGCAUUCUACCCAUCUUACAUUAGAUGCCUGUGAUCUUUGCAGGGAGAAUGGUAUAGUUCUAUACUGCUUACUGGAACACGCCUCGCAUCUAAUGCAACCUUGUGAUUUACAAAGAAUAGAAAAGGAGAAGCUUAAAGAACAAAGGAAACUAGAAAGAGAGAGAAACAAGAACGAGAGAGAAGAGAAAAAACGCUUACAGAAGCUUGAAAAAGAAACCAAAAAACGUAAAUUAAACGACGACACGGAUUCAAGCGAAAGUUUCUCCGUUGACGAUGAUUCAGGUGAUGAUAUAGCCGAGGUCAACGCAAAUAUGUGUUUCAGAUUCUAA